UGUCUUCACUGCAGAGGAUGCGGAGGAAAUCCAGACACGCCAGCCCUUCUUUUGAGGAUGAAGAGGACGAGGACGAUCCCAUCUACGUGCAUGGUGACGAAGGCUACAGCCCCAACCUCAGGGGCAACUACUUCCGAGAUGGGCAAACCAAGAUCGACUUCGUGCUGGUGUGGGAGGAGAAGGUGCGGCCCCCGAAGAAGAGGAGGGGGAAGCUGGCGGCUCACGAGGCCAGAGGCGACCGGCCACGCGGGCACCACGAGCACUGGAGGAGGAAGUUCCUCAACAACCUGAGAAAUGCCGGGCUGCUGAUGGAGAAGACCCUGGCCUGGAGCCCCUGGACGCAGGCACAUGGCAGCUCUGCCCCCCUGGGGGCUCCGUGUUCAGCCCCCUCCUGCUUCCCCGCAGGAGGAGAUGCUGAGCGAGCGGAAAACCAUCCACUACCUGAAGCUGAGCGCCCCGUGGGACGUGCUGGUGUUCUACGCCGAGGAGCUGUGCCUGCGAGCGCCCCUGCAGGCCCAGCCCAACCCGGACUGGAACAGCUCCGCCGAGGUCCUGAGGAGACUCUGCACCCCCAACGCCCUGCACCAGCACGUCCCCAACAAGCCCGCGGACUAUUACACCUGCGCCUUCCGCAGGUCCAAGCUGGACAAGUCUAUGAGAUCCUGGCUCGCACCAUCUACGGGAAGCGGAAACGUGCCGAGAUCGGGAUCAACCGGCUGCUGAACGAGCGGGUGUACGGCGCUGCCUUCCCGCUGCACGAGGGCCCCUUCGAGACGCCUGAGUCUGAGGUCCCCGAUGAAGCCCUGAACCCUCGCCAAGUCCUCUACCGCUUCUGGGCCCAGUGGGGCUGCUGGUACCGGUACCAGCCGAUGGAUCACAUCCGCCAGUACUUCGGGGAGAAGAUUGCCAUCUACUUCGCCUGGCUGGGCUUCUACACGGCCUGGCUGCUCCCUGCUGCGGCCGUGGGCACCGUGGUCUUCCUCGCAGGCCUGGUUGCCAUGGGAACCAACACGCCCGCGAUUUGACUUGCCAAUUGUGAAAGGUGCCUUUUUAAUGAUCUUAGAAAGGCUCUAGCGGCUGCACCAGCGCGAGCCUCUCCUAAACAAGGCCUGCCAUUUUACUUGCACCUGGCAACUACUCCAGCAAGCACUGGAGCUGUUUUGCUGCAAAACAAAUUGGCCAGGUGAGACCGAUGGCCUAUGGUUCCAAAACUCUCAGUGAGGUGGAGGCGAG